UUUUUAUUUAACUAUAAUUAAGUUAUGUUAUUUAUAAUAGAAAAAGGAAUUAAUACAUAUUUUAUUGGGCUUUUACCUUCAAUAUUACUAAAUUAAAGCCACUUUUUUAAAAUGUGACCAUUUUUUUAAAAAGACAGAAAAGUGACUAAGAAGAUCAUAUAUUUGAAAAAACAUACUAUCACUGUCAGAUUUUAUGUCACUGUCUCCCGUUGUCACUGUAACCGCUGCCUAUGUCACUUAGUCACCUCUGUGUCACUGUAGCCACCGACCGUGUCACUGUAACCACCUCUCGUGUCACUGACACCGUGACAGUGACACCGCCACCGCCCAAUGACAACCCAGCCGACAUUGCCAUAUCAGACACCAAACUGUACUGCCCCUCCCAUCCCCAUGCCGCCUGCGUCACCGUGACCCGGCCACCCCUAGUCAUCACCGCCAGUCACCACCACCACCAUCCACCCUCAGCCCCAACAUCCAUCCCCCAUCCCAUGCUCCUCUGCCCCGCCCCUGUCCUCCCCCAGGUCCUUGUCCGGCCGAUUUGCACAAAACCUUAGCAAUAAAGCCACCGCCAGCAGCGUCGGCCCCAAAUCGGACCCCAGCAGUGGCGGCGGCCCCGAAUCGGACUCCGCCAGCAGCGAUGGUCCCAAAUCGGACACCAAAUCAGAGUCAUUGGCUAUGGAGUAUGGCGGAUCCGGCACCGGCGGCCCAAAUAGGAGUCAUCGCCCAUUGAGAAAGAUGAAUCUGGAACCGGCGGCCUCAGAUCGGAGCCGUCGUACAUCGGAGACGCGGCUAGCUAAGACAACAACAAAGGUAGAUGAAGGUUAGGGCGGAGGUGCAAGAUGCUACCGUCAGAGACGUCCGAUUGCGGCGGAGGUGGUGGCUUCAACUCGUGGCGGAGCUCAGGUGGUGGUGGUUCACUGAUUAAGACGGCGGCAGUGACUGGUUCGAAUAGUUGAAAGGAGAAGAAGGCAGUGAGAGUUUGGAAGGGGGAAAAGGCAAC